AUGGCUUCCCUCUGUGUUGGUGGACAUGAGAACAGACCAGUAGUUUUGAGGUCAGUGUUUACAAUUGACAGAAUAUUAGGACUUGAUGGGCCGGACCAGCGUACAGUAUUUUCAAAACUCUUUCGUCCGUGGACAGACUCAGAUUCAGCACAGAAUCAAAAUCGGUUUAUGAGUGCCAGCAAUGAUAACACAGGAGAAAAGAAAGUCAGCCAAGAAAAUCAAAAAUACAGCAAACCCCCAAGUGAGACCUACAGGAGGGCCUUGAACUGGUACAUAGGACGCAGGCCACGGACAGCUUUCUCCAGUGUACAGAUAGAAAUACUUGAGAACGUCUUCCAGAUUAACUGCUACCCAGGGAUAGAUGUCAGAGAACAGCUUGCUCAGCGACUACACAUUGACGAGGACAGAAUCCAGAUAUGGUUCCAGAACCGAAGAGCAAAGCAGAAGAGGUCACAUCGAGAGUCCCAGUUUCUCCUGGUGAAAAAAGUCUUCACUGACCUGCAGGAAAGAAAAGAACAAUAA